AUGGAAGUAAGUAGGAGAUGCCGGAAGUUAGAAGAAAAAGGCGCAUUAGUCCCUCCCACAACAGCACUUCCACUAACAAUUACGCAUUUGUGGAUUACUUGGAUCAUUACUAUGCUCCCACUAUUAAAAGAAACGAGCCCUAUUCAAUUGAAUAGGAGUGCUGAGAAUACUAGGCAUCAGCGAAAGGCUCUUCUUAACUGCUCUCGUCCACUAAUGAUUUUUUGGAUAGUGUUAAUUUUUUUCCGUUUGGUAGCAAGACCUAAAGUCCAGAUAUUUAAUUUGACCCUCGCACCUAUAGUUCCUAUACAGUAUCAUUUCAUAUACGUAGUUUUGAAACGGUAUGGCAGCCUCUUUAUUUCGUCCUUGCUCGCUGCCUAG